CCCAGUUGGAAUCAAAUCCAAGACACACAAGAACACAGUGAAACUAUGAGCGCCGCGGAAGCUGAAACGUUCGCCUUCUCGGCCGAUAUCAACCAGCUGCUGAGUCUGAUCAUUAACACGUUCUACUCGAACAAGGACAUUUUCCUGCGUGAGCUCAUCUCGAACGCCUCGGAUGCCCUCGACAAGAUCCGCUACUCGUCGCUGACCGACGCCAGCGUGCUGGACACGGACAAGAACCUGGAGAUCAAGGUGACCCCGGACAAGGCCAACGGCACGCUGACCAUCCAGGACUCUGGUAUUGGUAUGACGAAGGCUGACCUGAUUAACAACCUGGGUACGAUCGCCAAGUCGGGCACCAAGGCCUUCAUGGAGGCUCUGGCUGCUGGCGCCGACAUCAGUAUGAUUGGUCAGUUCGGUGUGGGUUUCUACUCGGCCUACCUGGUCGCUGACAAGGUCGUGGUGCACUCGAAGCACAACGAUGACGAGCAGUACGUGUGGGAGUCUGCUGCCGGUGGCUCGUUCACUGUCACGCCCGACACGUCGGAGCCCAUCCAGCGCGGUACGCGCAUUGUGCUGAAGCUCAAGGAGGACAUGCUCGAGUACCUUGAGGAGCGCAAGCUUAAGGACCUGGUGAAGAAGCACUCGGAGUUCAUUGGCUUCCCCAUCAAGCUGUACGUCGAGAAGACGGAGGAGAAGGAAGUGACGGACGACGAGGAAGAGGAGGACGAGAAGGAGGGCGAGGACGACAAGCCCAAGGUCGAGGAGGUCGAAGAGGAGGAAGGCGAGAAGAAGAAGAAGACUAAGAAGAUUAAGGAAGUGACCCACGAGUGGGACCACCUCAACAGCCAGAAGCCCAUCUGGAUGCGCAAGCCUGAAGACGUGACCCACGAGGAGUACGCGUCGUUCUACAAGUCGCUGACGAACGACUGGGAGGAGCACGCCGGCGUCAAGCACUUUUCGGUGGAGGGCCAGCUGGAGUUCAAGGCCUGUCUGUUCACCCCCAAGCGCGCGCCGUUCGACAUGUUUGAGGGCGGCGCCAAGAAGAAAGUGAACAACAUCAAGCUGUACGUGCGUCGCGUCUUCAUCAUGGACAACUGCGAGGAGCUCAUGCCCGAGUACCUGUCGUUCGUCAAGGGUGUCGUCGACUCGGAGGACUUGCCGCUUAACAUCUCGCGUGAGACGCUGCAGCAGAACAAGAUCCUACGUGUGAUCAAGAAGAACCUGGUCAAGAAGUGCCUCGAGAUGUUCGCCGAACUGGCUGAGGACAACGAGAAGUACAACAAGUUCUACGAGUCGUUCAGCAAGAACCUCAAGCUGGGCAUCCACGAGGACUCGACCAACCGCACCAAGAUCGCCAAGCUGCUGCGUUACCACUCCACCAAGUCUGGCGAGGAAGUGACGUCGCUGGAUGACUACAUCUCGCGUAUGCCUGAGAGCCAGCCCGGUAUCUACUACGUGACUGGCGAGAGCAAGAAGUCGGUGGAGAACUCGCCAUUCAUUGAGAAGCUCAAGAAGAAGGGCUACGAGGUGCUGUUCAUGGUGGAGGCCAUUGACGAGUACGCUGUGCAGCAGCUCAAGGAGUACGAGGGCAAGAAGCUCAUCUGCGCCACCAAGGAGGGCCUCAAGAUGGAGGAGACGGAGGACGAGAAGAAGUCGUUCGAGGAGGCCAAGGCUGCCACUGAAGGACUGUGCAAGCUCAUGAAGGAGGUGCUGGACGACAAGGUGGAGAAGGUGGAGAUCUCGAACCGUAUUGUGGAGUCGCCCUGUGUGCUUGUUACCGGCGAGUACGGCUGGUCGGCCAACAUGGAGCGCAUCAUGAAGGCGCAGGCUCUGCGUGACAGCAGCACGUCGGCCUACAUGUCGUCCAAGAAGACGAUGGAGAUCAACCCGCUGCACCCUAUUAUCAAGUCGCUGCGCGAGAAGGCGGAGGCUGACAAGAGCGACAAGACGGUCAAGGACCUCAUCUGGCUGCUGUACGACACGUCGCUGCUGACCUCGGGCUUCAGCCUGGAUGAGCCCACUACGUUCGCUAACCGUAUCCACCGUCUUAUCAAGCUUGGUCUGAGCAUUGACGACGAUGAUGAUGCCGCUGACGAGUCGAUGGAAGACCUGCCCCCUCUUGAGGGCGAGGACGAGGAGGAGAGCACGAUGGAGGAGGUCGACUAAGCGCGUUCUGUCGCACUGUAGUCAUUUGGGCGUGUUGCCCUGCAUUUUUUGGUGGUGAGGUUUAGUUAGAUCUUCGUAUUUGAAGGUUACAUAUAUUUACGAUUCGCCUACCCUAAAUCGUUUGAUUUUCUCAA